AUGAAACAUUUUGAUAUUUUAACAAAACCAUCCACUUGGAUGGAACAUAAAAAGGUGAUCAUUCCAGUAUUGACAACUGUUGCAGUGAUUGUGGUACUUGUUAUUGUAUUGCCAAUUGCUAUUGUUUUUAGCAAUAAAGAUGACGGUGCAUCGGGACCUACUGGUACCAUUGUACCCAAUUGGUUGUUUGCUCAGAGUCAUGUGAUGCCAGCACAAGGCUUGAGUUGGACACUUGUCAAGAACAAUCAGUCUGCUACCUACCAUUUAGUUGGAGGCAAGCGUACACUUGUCAUGGUCGACUUUGGAAGCGACUCGGAACUCAAGAUUGAAAAUCCAACUUUGGUAUUCACCCUCCCAGUCCACGCCCAACCAACCACGUCCAAUGAAACCUAUGUCGUCGGAACCAUCGCCUUGGUCAACGCCACCUACUUGCCAAAGACCGAAGCUAAUGGAACAGCCUUUUCCACCACUCACUAUAGUGCCAUGGCCGAAGCCGAUUGGAUCAAGCCAGGUCUUGUCAUCUCUGCCUUUGCCAACGACGAACAAUCGACUGAUAUCCCCGUCAACGUUGGUCAAACUGUUAUUAUGCCACUUGAGAUUGUCCCAUUCUAUCUCUUUGGUGCUACACCCGCCAACACUAACUUUUCCGAUGUUGACCUCCCACCACCCGAAGCUAUUGCCGAACUCGAACAAAAGUGGCCAAUUUCCAAGUUGGACGUCAAGACUCACCCCGUCGGUAGAAUCCAAUGGUCAAAGAUCAUCAUCGGAGCAAGAGACGGUAACCCCCCAUACGCUGUCACCAACACCAACCAAAUGAAGGACGGUUAUGCUGUCAUGUCUGCCAUCCUCGGUGUUCUUGGUGGUCUCCGUAGUGUCAAUGGUCGUGGUCUCGAAAGACUCCAACUCUACACCCCCAUCAUUGCCUUUAACAAUCAAAGCAAGUAUUCUCAUCCAGGUGGUGGUUUGGGUGGUGGUUCCUCUGGUACUGGUGAUUAUGCCUAUUCUGGUAUCUUUAUUCAUGAACAAGGUCAUGCUUUUGGUCUUCCACAUGCUGGAGGUUCAUAUGAUUCAGGAUAUUAUCCAUAUAUUCAAGGUAGUUUGAAAGGAUCUCAAUGGGGAUUUGAUGCAAAUCACAAUGAAUUCCUUGCUCCAUGGAUUCCAGCAAAUAGAACGUGUGGAUCGGGUCGUGUCAAUGAUACUGAAGGUCACUGUUACAAACAAUCGGAUAUGCAAGGUGGUGCAGGUGACCAAUCGUGGGGAUACCGUUUCUCCAUGUUUGCCGAUUACGAAAUGUCAGUCAUCCAAGACUACUUUGAAGGAAACACUACACUCAAAGCUGAUGGAACUCAUCAACCUGGUGGAGCAUUGGUCUACAAUCCAUCCAACAACACUUAUAGUCAAUGGGACACUAUUUACAAGGCCUAUGUACCAUACACCAUCACUAAUCAGACAAACGGUCUCUAUGGCUUUGAUUCUGGUGCUCCAAUGAUUAGAAAUGUACCUGUCUACACUAUCAUCAUGUCUUAUAGCACAUCAGGUGUUACCGAGGCCUCACAAAUCUAUCCAUAUUUAAAGUACACUGGAAACAUUAGAAGAUCGGUCGACCCAACCAACGCUGAACAAUUGGCCACCAUCAAGCCAAAUGUAGGCCCAAUCGCUUGGUACUGCCAUGCUUCAGGAUGUGAUUGGACUGUCAGAAUCACCUAUUCCGACGACUCUCAACAAUAUAUUCUCCAACAAACCGGUGUUCGUGGUUGGUUUUCUCCAUUUGGCGCUCCAACAAAUGCAUCAACUGAUCCACUUAGUGGAGGCAGUUUUUUUACCUUUUACAACAAUGUACCAGCUACCAAAGCCAUCAAAAAGAGUGAAUUACUUUGGACUCCAUUUGGAUUCAAUGGCGUUUAUUCAAAUGCUACUGUUUUAUUAACAAAAUCAGAUUAA